GGACAGGCCAGUUUAAUCCCAUCCUUGCCUUGCUAAGGAGGGUCCUGGAUAUCUGAGGAAUUUGGACACUGGACCACUGAGGAUCUCGGACAAUCUGGAGAAUUUGGACGCUCAAAAACUAACUACUCUGUUUCCAGUUAGUUAUUUUCCCGUGGCCUUUUCGAGUUUUCGUCAGGUGUCGUCAGGGAUCUGAGGGCCUGAAAUAGCGAGGAAUAUUCGGGAGAAGAGUUUGAUUGCGACAGAAACUGACAACUGAAACAGAAAGAUGAAACUGUCGGUUCGCGUCAGGGGGGAAUGGUUCCAGGUUCCUUGCAAAGCUGGAGGAAAAGAAACCGUAUCAUGGCUCGGGGAAGAAGCUCUUCGCAGGUACGAGAAGCUGAAACCGUCCACUCACGUGCCCAACAAGCCAGAAGCCGUGGCCAGCGUCAGACGAACGCAGGGUGGCGCGAUACUGGACCCGUCGGAUAGCCUAAGCGAUGUGCUGGACGACAACGACUUCGUCUCAGUCGUGUUGGAUACUGAUCGACCAAACCCAGUGACGGAGACGGCGGAGAUCAAGUACAUACCCGAGCAGAUACCCGGUAAGUACCAACCCCCCCAGGAGUAUCUCACCCUCGACGGAUCAUCCCUCACUCCGGAGGAUCUGACAGCCCUGGGGAAAGGAGCUUACAAGAUUAGGCUGAGCACUGAGGCUGAAAUGGCGGUCAAGGGGUCACGUGACCUGGUUGAGAAGAUCGUGAGAGAGAACAAAGUUGUGUAUGGCAUCACGACCGGAUUCGGCAAGUUUGCUAGAAUGACUAUCCCGGAAGAUAAACUCAGUGAGCUACAAUUGAAUCUAAUUCGAUCCCACGCUGCUGGCGUGGGUAAUCCCUUAUCUCCGGACAAGACGAAGAUGCUUCUGGCCCUGAGGAUCAACAUUCUGGCCAAGGGGUACUCCGGUAUAUCCCUGCCGGUCCUCAAUCACCUAAUUGGAGCUUUUAAUGCUUCUUGUCUACCCUGGGUUCCAGAGAAGGGAACAGUGGGGGCCUCAGGGGACUUGGCACCCCUAGCCCACCUGGCCCUGGGGAUGCUUGGGGAGGGCAAGAUGUGGAGUCCUAAGACUGGAUGGGGAGACGCCAAAUACGUAUUAGAGGCUCACGACCUGAAGUCAGUGAUGCUGGGGCCGAAGGAAGGACUUGCCCUCAUCAAUGGGACUCAGCUCAUCACCUCCAUAGCCGCGGAGGCACUGGAAAGGGCGGAGACCAUCGCUCGCCAGGCUGACGUAGUGGCUGCUCUAACUCUUGAAGUUCUCAAGGGAACUUCUAAAGCCUUCGACAGUGAGGUCCACAAAUUGAGGAACCACAAGGGUCAAAGUGACGUGGCCCGGAGGAUCAGAGGUCUCCUACACAGCGAUACAUUUCCUUCAGAAAUUGCAGAAUCCCAUCGCUUCUGUGACCGCGUGCAGGACGCCUACACUUUGAGAUGCUGCCCCCAGGUGCACGGCAUCGUGCACGAUACCCUCCACUUCGUGCGGGGCAUCCUCACCGACGAAAUGAAUUCGGCCACUGAUAAUCCGAUAGUGCUGACGGACCGAGGCGAGAUCAUUAGUGCUGGGAACUUCCACGGGGAAUACCCGGCUAAAGCGGCUGAUUAUCUGGCCAUAGGAAUUCACGAAAUCGCCUCUAUGUCUGAGAGGCGGAUAGAGCGUCUCGUCAACCCAGCUCUGAGUGAACUUCCAGCAUUCCUGGUGAAGGAAGGUGGUCUCAAUUCAGGCUUCAUGAUUGCUCACUGUACGGCAGCCUCCCUGGUGUCUGAAAAUAAGGUGUUAUGUCAUCCUGCAAGUGUGGAUUCCCUGACCACUUCGGCGGGAACGGAGGAUCACGUCUCCAUGGGAGGAUUCGCUGCAAGGAAGGCCCUCACGGUCGUCGAGAACGUGGAGCGAGUCAUAGCCAUCGAACUCCUAGCUGCUUGUCAGGCCAUCGAGUUCCUCCGUCCUCUGAAGACCACUACGCCCCUCGAGGAGGUCAUCAGGGUAGUCCGCUCUACUGUCAGUGCCUGGGACAAGGACCGCUUCAUGGCUCGAGAUAUUGACGCAGCGACAGAACUCCUGAAGGAGGGCAAGAUCUGGCAUGCCGUUCGUCACCAUAUUGAACACUAUCAUCGGGUGCAGGACAUCGAGACCCGAGUCUUCUCUCCGACCAUGAGCUUCACGGGGUCAGGUCCCCCAAGGGCACAGAAAAGACCAGGGGUCAACGGUCGCAGUGGGUCACCCUCAGUCCACAAGAGGGUCAGAACCACGAGCAGGAAUUAAUACCUCAUGGUAGGAAUCAGAAUCUCAAGGAAAAGACGAACCUCUGGGGGCGAGAAACACGAACCACAAUCAGGAAUUUUAAACCUCAAAAUAGAAGCCAGAACCUCAGAGAAAAUGUGAACUGACAAGAGA